GUUAUAAUGAGAAAUAAAUUCUGUCAUACAAACAUCAAAGUCUCCACGAAACCAAUUGCACCGCGCAGAGAUCAACCAACCCGCUGAGCGAUACAAACCCCCAAAUUCCACCAGGGAAUCAGCCAAAGUUGAUUUAAAAUGUACUCUCUUGUACUCUCUGCGGAGCUAUCAGGGGUCACGAAUCUCCGGCCCAAGGACACGGAACAGAACCCUUACUUCUACACGUUUAAAGUGCAAUGCACCUCCUGCCGGGAAGUCCACCCUAACUGGGUGAGCUUUAAUAGAUUUGAGAAACUUGAGGUCCCCGGCAGUCGGGGUGAGGCAAAUUUCGUAUGGAAAUGUAGACUCUGUGGGAGGACACAUUCCGCCUCGAUCCCCAACGGACCAAUCGCAUAUGAUGAAUCGAAAAGCGAGGGGCAAAAAAUCAUCGAGUUCGAUUGUCGAGGGCUGGAGUUUACGGAGUUUAAGGCUGAUGGAGAGUGGGAAGCGAAGGGAGCAGAAUCAUCGACGGCAUUUUCAAGUGUCGAUCUUAGCGAUGGGGAGUGGUAUGAUUAUGAUGAGAAGGCAGGUGAGGAGGUAAGUAUCAAAGACGUGAGCUGGGAGAUUCGCAGAGCAUGAGGCGGUGUGUAUGAUAUAUUGGGUGGAAAAAAAUGCGGGAAUCUGGAAGGUCUACGAGUCCUUGGGAGGAGGGGGAAAACAUGAUUUCAGUGAUGGGCAGGACGGUGGACUAGAAGAGGGCUGAAUUCUUCUGUAUGCCAUUAAUUGAUGUAUGCUGUAAAGAUUAAUGGAAUAAAUAAUAUAUAAUGUUUGUAUUAUUGAUUCCUCCUCUUUGUCUCGCCGAGAAAGUGAUUAUGAUUGGC